AACCUCCCGACAUGACUUAUGAAAGUAAAAUCACCAAAGUACGGAUUAAGGACGGAAAAGAAAAGCAACACACAAAGAAAAAUCACUUUUCUUUAGCUUGAAUUGUUGAUUAUCUUAAAAUUAAUUCAAUCAAAGUUAGAUUUUCCAGAUUUUUACCGUAGAUUAGGACAGUCAAAAUUGGACAAACUCAGUCAAAUUCUAUUCCCUUAGCUAAAAACAACCCUAAUAGUAAGUGAUAAUUCUUGUGACCAAAUCAAGACGCAGUUCUACAGAAGAAGAUGAAAUUUAGGGCUUAUCAGAGAAUUCCUUACAAUGGACGCUUCAAUCAUCUACACACGCAGCGUUUCCAUUUCACUACCUUUCUUCGUAAGGUACAAGCCACCGAAGCUCGAGCUUCGCUUAAUAGUGGCGGCAGUAGUAGUAACAGUAGCUCUCAAGGUAACACUCUUUUGUUGCCUGGUGCAACGGUCGCAACUAUAGUUAUGCUUGGUCUUCUCCAUGCUCGACGUCUCUAUGAUGAUCAGAAGGUUGAAGAGGCAAGAGAGAAAGGAACUUUAGAAUUCCGGCCUGAUGUAAAGGCUACUUUCAUGGGAUUGCUUCCACUACGCUCCAUUUCUAGAUUCUGGGGUGCCUUGACCAGUGUCGAACUUCCUAUGUGGCUGCGCCCAUAUGUGUAUAAAGGAUGGGCUCGGGCAUUUCAUUCAAACUUGGAAGAAGUAGCUUUGCCUUUGGAAGAAUAUGCAUCUUUACAAGAUUUCUUUGUCAGAAGAUUGAAAGAGGGUACCAGACGUAUUGAUUCCAAUCCAUGUUGUCUGGUUAGUCCAGUGGAUGGUACUGUUUUACAAUUUGGAGAGUUGAAAGAAGCUGGGGCUAUGAUUGAGCAAGUCAAAGGAUUCUCUUAUCCUGUUUCUUCGCUUCUUGGUGCCAGCUCAUUCCUUCCCAUGACUUUGGUCGAUGACAAUAAAAAUAAAGAUGGUGGGCAAGAAGGUUCAACGGAUGAUGCGAAUCAGAAGUCCUGGUGGAGAGUUUCAUUGGCUUCUCCUAAAGUCCGAGAUCCUGCAUUAGCACGUCCAAUGAAGGGUCUCUUUUACUGUGUGAUUUACUUGAGGCUUGGAGAUUAUCAUCGCAUACACUCACCAGCUGAUUGGAAUGUUCUUAGUCGUCGACAUUUCUCUGGACGUCUCUUUCCUAUGAAUGAACGAGCUACAAGGACAAUAAGAAAUCUAUAUGUGGAGAAUGAAAGGGUUGUGCUCGAAGGUAAAUGGCAAGAAGGUUUUAUGGCAAUGGCAGCUGUAGGUGCAACAAAUAUUGGCUCCAUUGAGCUUUUCAUUGAACCGACUCUGCGAACAAAUAGGCCUUGGAAGAAGCUGCUACAUCCAGAACCUCCUGAAGAACAGGUAUACGAACCCAAAGGCACUGGUGUUUUGCUGAAGAAGGGAGAUGAGCUAGCAGCUUUCAAUAUGGGUUCGACAGUGGUUAUGGUCUUCCAAGCUCCGAUCUCACAACCUUCUGCAGAUAAAAGCACGUCAGCAGAAUUCAGUUUUUGUAUUAAAAAGGGUGACCGAGUCCGCAUGGGAGAGGCCCUGGGCAGGUGGCAUGAUCCCUAGUUACAAUAUCUCAAUUACAGAAUUACGGGUGGUAAGUUUGUAUUAUAGAAAAGCCUAGGGAAACGCUUUCCCACAACCUCCCCGAGUCCCAGGAAAAUCAUGUUACAAAAUUUUGUUUUAGGGAGAGUACCGAUCUGAAAAGGUCUUCAUUCUGUUACAGUAUUAGUAGGUAACUCCAUUUUAAGGGUCAUAUGAAUAGGAGCUCAGGUUCUCUUUUGCUCAGAAACUAUACCUGGUAAAUUUGAACUUUCGGAUA